AUGGCGGGCUCAGCAACUUGUCCAACUUGCAACUUGCCCAACAAAGAUGACCUGCGGCAGGCUAACACAGUUCUACAGGUAUGUAUCUUGGCAGACUUCCAGUUAGGUCUCAUUGCUAGAGUGGUCCAUAUCGAGGUGGAAUGUGAUGUGCUGUCGGUUGAGCAGGCUACCACAGCUACAGACCUGCAUGCACAGUCAGAACAGAUUCAGGCGAUGGCCCUCCACAUGGAGGACUUGGAUAACCUUGGCAGGCAUAACAACUUAAAGAUCCGAGGCCAGCCAAAGACAGAGUAG